AUGGACAGCGGCCUCCGCCCGCCUACGGCAGUUGACCAGCCAGACACCUACUACGAACCCACUGAGCGGGGCGGGGCGCCUGGAAACGGAGCGGCCGGUGAGCGUCUGUUGGCGGCGGACACAAACACCUACUCAUACAGCUGCAGUGGCAACAGUUUUCAGUAUAGCAUUCAGCGGCCCUACUCAUCGUCCUCAUCGUCCCUGUACAUGUCUCCGUGGCCCCCCACCUCCGUGGGAAGCUGCGGCAACAUCACCCUGAAGGUCUCCACCGACGACGACCCCUUCCAAGCCGGCUCCCUUACCAACCCGCGUACUGAGCUGCGCGUCAGCAACAAGGACUACAGUGGCUCUACCGUGCGUGACACCUCCUUCAACAUCAGCAUCAAAGCGGGCGUCGUGGGCGCCAACCUGUUCCAGAUCUUUGACACCAACUACGGCAAGCCGUGCUUACAACUGCGAGUAAGCAAGAACUCCAACGGCAUCUCUCAGAUCACCUAUCACGGCGCCAACACGGCCGGCGGUCUAACUGACUAUGGUGCACCUAUGGGCUACCGGGAUCUACGCCCCUAA